AUGCGUCAAACGCGGGAUGCGCAUAACAAAUUUACGAAAAAAUGUGUUUCUAAACAACGUAAAAAUGGAAAAAUUGUAAAGGAAACUGUUGAAUCUGUAACCGCGCGAUAUGCUGAUUUUGCGAAAGAAGAUAGCAGGACAUUUACUUCAUUCUCGCGAAUGCCGUUAUCGGGAUCGACACAACGAGGCCUUGCAGAAAACAAUUUCAUAAAUCCCACUGACAUCCAACGCGAGUCAUUGCAAUAUUCAUUGACCGGUGCUGAUGUGGUUGGUGCUGCCAAAACAGGCAGUGGGAAAACACUUGCUUUCCUUAUUCCGGUUUUGGAGUGUUUGUGGAGGCAGAGAUGGUCGCGUACAGUUGACGGAUUAGGUGCUUUGAUUAUCAGUCCUACCAGGGAGCUCGCUUUUCAAACGUUUCAAGUUUUGAACAAAAUCGGAGCACACCAUAAUUUUUCUGUUGCUGUACUUAUUGGAGGAACUGAUGUAGAAUUUGAAAGUAAGCGGAUAGGUUCGGUGAAUAUUGUGGUAUGUACGCCUGGCAGGCUGUUGCAACAUAUGGACGAGAAUAGUACAUUUUCAUGUGAACAGCUGCAAAUUCUUGUCAUUGAUGAAGCUGACAGGAUUUUAGACCUUGGUUUUUCGAGACAGAUGAAUGCAAUCUUGGAAAAUUUGCCAAAAAACCGUCAGACGCUGCUUUUUUCGGCAACGCAAACCAAAAAUGUGAAAGAUUUAGUGCGUUUGGCUCUGAGAGAUCCACUGUAUAUUUCUGCUCACGAAAAUGCUCCUCAAGCUACACCAGAAUCUUUGCAGCAGAGUUAUUUUGUAUGCAGUGAUGAAGAUAAAUUAAAUGCAUUAUGGUCAUUUUUACUGAAUCACCGAAAGAAGAAAUCAUUAAUAUUUGUUUCAUGCUGCAAGCAGGCACGGUUCUUAACCGAAGCGUUCUGUCAUUUGCGACCGGGCCUUUCAUUGAUGGGAUUGUGGGGUACAAUGAAUCAAAUGAAACGGCUAGAAGUUUUUAAAAAAUUUAAUAAUAAAACAUAUGGAGCUGCAAUGAUUGCUACAGAUGUUGCCAGUCGAGGAUUAGACUUUGCUCGUGUUGACAUUGUAUUGCAGCUGGAUUGUCCUGUAGAUGUUGAUGAUUAUAUUCAUAGAGUAGGACGUACUGCGCGAAUGGAUGCCAAGGGUGAAGCAAUUUUAGUUCUCACGCCAGCGCAAGAACAAGCCAUGCUUACACGACUGCAAGCAAGAAACAUUUUAAUCACUAAAAUUAGUGUCAAUGAAAAGCAAAUAAUGGAUAUCAGCAAACGUUUGCAGUCGGUAAUUGCACAAUAUCCGGGAAUGAAAGAAUUCGCUCAGAGGAGCUUUGUGGCUUAUAUUCGAACAAUUUAUCUGAUGCGGAACAAAGAUGUUUUCAAUUUGGACACUGUUGAUCUGGCAUCAUUGGCCAAAUCUUAUGGACUUGCUGCUACACCGCGAGUUCGAUUUUUGAAGCGAGUUGCAAAUAAACAGAAUUUACACGCAACCAUAAGCCAAAAACAAGGAGAGAAAAGUGCUGAAGAAUUAGUGGAAAUGAUGAUUUCAUCUGCAAAGGGAGGAAAAAAAGCGAUGGAAAGUGAUGAAGAUGAUAGUAAUAAUGAAGACGAUAAUAUAGAGGAUGAAGAAAUUGAUCUAGGAUUAGGUACAAGUGAAAAUAAUGAAGCUAAGGAAAAUCAGAGCGAUUUCAAUCUAUCUGCAAGUGGUAGUGGUUUAGAUGAAGGUAGCGACGAUUUUCUGAAAAUAAUCCGAAAAAACGUGUUCAAUAUAUUUCCAGACAAAAUUGCCGAGAUGCCAGAAGAAACGAAAAGAGAAUCAAGGAAACCUGUGACACGUCAUGCAUUGGCCAGGAAAAUUUUGAAGAAAGGAGUGAAGUUGGGUGUGAAAAAGGUAUUCACAGACGACGGAAUGGAAAUCGUAGAAAACAAAUUGUUCCCUGCUACUGUCUCAAAUGAUGACGAAUUGGUCGGUCUCGAUGUAGAUGAGGCAAGACGUCAAAUGGUACAAAUCGAUCAGAUUGAUAAAAUGACAUAUAAGGAGAAGCAAAAGAUGUGGAGAAAGAAAAAGAAAGAGAAACAGAAAGACAAGAUAAAGAAAUUACAAAACAAGGAGGGUGGAGCAAUAUUGGAUUUGGGAGCUGAAGGGAGUGGUUCAGAUGAUGGCGAAGCGGAUUUGUCGUGGUUGCCUGAUCCUGAUAGGCCAAAGAAGUAUGACAAAGAAUGGAAUGAAGUUGAAGAUAAUUCCAUGAAUGAAUCCGAUAAAGAUAUGGAUGGUAAUGCUAAUGAUAAUAGUGAAAUGAAAUCAAUACGAGGACGAAAAAGGAAACUAUUGGAUGAUGAAGAAAGAGCUUUAGCAUUAUUGCGUUGUUCCUAA